AUGUCUGUUACAACUAAAAAUUACGAAUUUACAUGGCCUGCUGGUCCAAAGGAUGUUGUCCUUACCGGUAUCUUUGAUGAAUGGAAAGGUACCAUGCCUUUAGUUCGUCAAGCUGACGGCUCUUUUGCUUUAACUUUCCCAAUUCAAAAGACUGACGACAGUGAUAAAUUUGUCUUUAAAUUUAUUGUAGAUGGUAACUGGACUGUAAGUGACUCUUACAAGAAAGAAGCAGAUGCAGGUGGUAUCGAAAACAAUUAUGUUGAUUUAACUUCUGUUAAUGCUACUGGUUCUGCAAAUGUUACCAAGAUUCCUGAAGCUGGUGGCUUACCUAUUGUUUCUGCUGAUGCAAGUGGUUCAGCUACUCCUACCCCAACUCCAAAGCCAACUAGAGCUCCACCUUCUACUUCCAAUAGAAAGAAGGGUAAGAAAGGUAAGAAGAUGAAGGUUAAGAAGAGAAUUAGAAGAAAUAAGAAGACUGGUGAAAGAACUGUCAUGUCUCAAGAAGUCGAAGAAAUGGAUACCUCUGCCACUAAUACUCCUGCCGAAGAAGGCACUGAAGAAGAAGACACCGAAGAUGGUGCUAACGAUGAAGAAACCUCUGAAUCUGCUACUCCAGUUCCAGCUACUAUUCCAGCCGAACCUACUACCACUGCUGCCACUGCCGCAGCUGUUACUGCCCCUGUUGUAGCUGAGGCUGAACAAGAAAUGCACACAUUACCUGUCGACCAAAACAAGGCUACUACUCAAUUCGAAGAUACUACAGCCAUUGCUCAAACUGGCCCAGGACCAGUAUUACCUUCCAACCCAGAAGAAAUUAAAGAAUUUACAGAAGUUAGUGAAGUCGAUGCAGAUGAAUUGAAUGCCAGAUUAAACAAAGAAUUGAAAGAAGAAGAAGAAAAUGAAGAAAAUGAAAAGAAAAGUGCUGAAAAGGAACAACCUGUUGAACCAAAGGUUGAAGAAACUCAAGCAACUCAAACUUUAGAUCCAAAGAUAAAUGCUACUACAGAAGAACCUGUUGUCGAACAAGUCCCAGUUGCCGCUGAAGAAACUGCUCCUGUUGCUACAGAACAAAAGAAACCAGAGACUACUGCUCAACCUCAAGAAAAGAAGAAGUCUUCUACCAAGAGCAAGACUACUAAGAAGACAAUCCCUGUAGCUACCAAAAACUCUGAACAAAAUCCAAAGAAGAAGGGUAUCUUUGGUAAAUUAAAGAGUUUAUUCAAAUAA